AGGACUCACCUUGUUUAUGUGGGCAUACCGGCCAUUAUUCAGUCGCCACUCUACCUUACAAUCUCAAAUUGACUUUCAGACAUUGUUGGCCAGCCUUUCUGUAUGCCGUGUGAGCUUUUGUAUCCAACUGCGACUUCCUAUACCAAGAAACAAGAGAAUACAAAAGCGUAGACCUGUAGGUCUCAAACUACUGCUUGAACGCUGAUAAGGAGUGUGCAAGUCAGAAGGAGUCUGAAGUAGUAGCCUGUAUGAUCGAGCGGUACACCAGUAAUGGACCUCAUCGAACGAGAAUAUCCAACAAGCGACGACAAGCCUCCAUGGUAUGGUAUGGUGUUCAAACAGUCAGUAUAUUCUGAUGCUAUGCUGGAAAGUCUCAAGAGGCGGUAUCCGCAAGGUGCGAAUCUGCGAGAGAGGAAGCAUAUGGCUGCCAUCGAGUUCCUACAACAAGAACUCGAGGACAUGCAAGCAAGUGAAGCAGCUUUGAUACCUAAAACCAAUCCAACGAACUUGAUGUCUGAUGUAGCAUCACACGAUCGUCAACACCAGAAAAUCGGUUCACUGCCCUAUUCGCCAACUGCUCAACUGUCAACUCCGAAUAUCACGAAUGGAUACCAUGGUAGAAGAAGUCCUACAAAUAAAGUACCCUUGGUGCAGUCUCCAACUGUUUCGAGCAAUAUGUCUGGACAAGAGAUUGUCUUCAGCAUUGCAAACAGGCCCGUAGUGCAACGCCAAAGGAGAAAAAAAAUGACCGCGUCAGAGAAGAUCUCUUACAAGCAGAUGCGGAAAAUCGGCGCUUGCGAUAGUUGUAAACGUCAAAAGGCAAAAGUAGACAGCCUAAUUUUCUUGUAA